AUGCAGACUGCUUCUACAAACAUUUGUGAAAGACUGUGUAAUAAGUUCAUCUGUGAAAUUUCCUUGCCAGUAAAUAUUCCACGGUCAGCUGUUAGUGGUAUUAUAACAAAGUGGAAGCAACUGAGAACAACAGCAACUCAACCACAAAGUAGUAGGCCACGUAAAAUGAAAGAGCGGGGAGAGCGCAUGCUGAAGUGCACAGUGCGCAGAAGUUGCCAAGUGUCUGCAGAGUCAAUAGCUAAAGACCUCCAAACUUUGUGCACAACAGAUUAGAUUAGCACAACAGUGUGUAGAGAGCUUCAAGGUAUGGGUUUCCAUGGCCGAGCAGCUGCAUCAAAUCCUUACAUCACCAAGUACAAUGCAAAGCGUCGGAUGCAGUGGUGUAAAGAACACUGCCACUGGACUCUAG